UGACCUAGUCUAGAAUCAAGAUGGCAACCACCAAUAAUUUUCGAUCAGCUUUUUCCCGCGCAUCUUCGGGUGCUGCAAUCGGACAUCCAUUGCGACAACUAGUCACAUUAUUUAGGCACCCACGAUUGCUUAUAAAUCUCACCAAAUAGUGAUCUGAUUGCAUGCUCUAUCACACAUAGACACACACUCAGUUCGGUCUUAUAGUAUUUUCCGAUUCACGUUUCUAAUUCUCGCAAGACUUGGACUGCUGUUUAGUUGUCAGUGUGAGUAGGAGUGAGGUAUGGGAGGCGGCGGUAGCAGCAACAGCUAUUCGCCCAUGCAAUUCCUCAUCUUCUUCACAUCACUACUGCUACUACUCCCAAGUCUUCUUUGUCUCUCCAACGCCACCACCUUUCCAACAUUAAUCCACAGCAACACCCGAGAAGCCCUCGGGAUCGGCAUCGGUAUCGGCAUCGGCGGCGGCAGCCCUCCCCCUUCAGAAUCCGAGCCCAAUUGUCCACCUCCUCCCCCUCCUACACCUUGCCCACCUCCUCCAAUCCCUCCUUCUCCUCGUCCUCCUCCGCCGCCGCCGCCGCCACCCUCGCCGCCGCCGCCUCCACCACCAACGCCGCCGCCACCUUCGCCGCCGCCACCCUCGCCGCCGCCGCCGCCCUCGCCGCCGCCACCAUCGCCGCCGCCGCCGCCCUCGCCGCCGCCACCCUCGCCGCCGCCGCCGCCACCGCCGAUACCAAAACCAAAAUUACAAUUCGUAAAUGAACUGCAGAGACGAGCUUAUUACGUCAUCCAACGCUUCAAGAAAACCAUCACCUCCGACCCCAGGGGCGUCACGCGGACCUGGAGAGGAGCCAAGGUUUGUAAAUAUAAAGGCUUCUUCUGCGAGACCCCGCCGAACCGGAAAAAGAUGCCGACCAUCGCCUCCGUCGACUUCAACACCUUCCGCCUCGCCGCCCCGAGCGUCAAGAAGUUCGUCGACCAGCUCCCCGAUCUCGCGCUCUUCCACGCCAACUCCAACAACCUCAGUGCGCGCGACACCAUCCCGCGCCUCUCCAAGCUCCGCUUCUUCUACGAGCUCGACGUCAGCAACAACAACAUACCCGGCUCCUUCCCCAUGAACGUCCUCCCCCUGAACGUCACCUUCCUCGACCUCCGCUUCAACAAAUUCUCCGGCACCGUCCCGGCCGCCGUCUUCGACAUAAAACUCGACGUACUCUUCCUGAACAACAACAACUUCUACCAGCACCUCCCGGCCGCCCUCGGCCGCACCACCGCCGCCUACCUCACCUUCGCCAACAACCACUUCACCGGCCCGAUCCCCCGCUCGAUCGGGAGAACCAGAAAAACCCUUAUCGAAGUCCUCUUCCUCAACAACCAGCUCUCCGGCUGCCUACCCUACGAAGUUGGGCUGCUCAAGAAGGCCACGGUGUUCGACGCCGGCACCAACUAUAUCACCGGCCCGAUACCGCUCUCCUUCGGCUGUUUAAAGAAGGUGGAGCAGCUGAACCUGGCUCAGAAUUUACUCUACGGGGAGGUGCCGGACGUUCUUUGCCGGCUGGCCGACGUCGGCCACCUCGCCAAUCUGUCGCUGUCCAGCAACUACUUCACCUGGGUGGGGACGAGCUGCUGGCAGCUCAUAAAGAGGGGAAUUCUCGACGUCCGGAAGAACUGCAUCCGGGGGUUGCCGGAACAGAGGUCCCCGGCGGAAUGCGCCCAGUUCUUAAAGCAACCAAAAUACUGCCCGUACCUGCCUCACAUUCCUUGCCGAAUCCCGCGGAAGGACGGCGGCGCCGUCCAGUCUGCGGCGGCGAUGCUGCCGGGGGUGGAAGUGCCGGCGGUGGGCGGAGGCAGGGAUAAGGCUAAGGCGUCCCGGUACAGUACGUACUCGGCACUGCAUAACGGUCGCAGGCCCUGAAUGUGUCUCCGUCCUCCUCUUUGUUGUUCGUAGACUUUGGAUUAUCUUUUACUGUUACUACUCUGUCUGCCUUCUAGAAUUCGUUUUCUGUCGGUAAUCUGUGUCUUGGUUAUUAUAUCUUAAUUUGGUAGACUCCAAGUAAUAUCCUGAGCGUUUGAGUUAGGAUGUAGCAAUGCCAUCAAUAAAACAAUUGCUUGACUGAAUGUAAA